AUCAUGGCUGCAGAACAAGAGGCUGAAGAAACUGUUUCUCAAGAGCUGCACAGCGCCUCUGAGCUGAGGAUCGUGCUGCUUGGGAAGGAUCGGGCUGGGAAGAGUGGAGCAGGGAACAUCAUCCUGGGCAAAGAGGCGUUUAGAUCUGGAUUCAGUGUCUCCGCAGAAACAAGGGAGUGUGAGAAGAGAACAGGAGAGGUUUCUGGGAGACGGGUCACUGUGCUCGACACUCCAGACUUGUUUCACACAGACCGGGUCGAGAUUGAGAGAUGUGUUUCUCUGUCUGCCCCGGGACCCCACGCUUUCCUCCUGGUGAUACCCGUGUAUCCAAAAGAAAUCAUUGACACUCGUCCUGCACUGUGGAAAUCUAUAGUACAACAUGAUUGCAAAUCCUUUGAUAAAGUGCAGGAGCUGUUUGGUGAGAGAGCUGUGAGGAACACGAUGAUCCUUUUCACCCGCGGGGAUGAUCUGAGAGGCAGGACGAUUGAGCAGCACAUUGAGGAAGCUGGUGAGGAGCUCCAGCAGCUUGUUGAGAAAUGUGGGAACAGGUAUCAUGUUCUCAACAAUAAGGACAGGAGCGAUCGCACUCAGGUCACACAGCUCCUGGACAAGAUAGACAACAUGGUGAAGGGAAAUGGAGGUGGCUAUUUCACCAAUGAGAUGUACCAGCAAGCAGAGAGAUGCAACACCAUGGAGAUGUACCUGGAGGAGAAACUUAGACUAAAGGAACAGGAGCUGAAUAAGAAAUACAAAGAGGAGCUGAGCAGGAAAGAAGAGGAGAUGAAACAGAAAUAUGAGGAGGAACAGAGGAGGAGAGAAGAGGAGAUGAAACAGAAAUAUGAGGAGGAACAGAGGAGGAGAGAAGAGGAGAUGAAACAGAAAUAUGAGAAGGAACAGAGUAGGAGAGAAGAGGAGAUGAAACAGAUGAUGGAGAAGUUGAGGAAGCAAAUGAAGGAGGAGGAGUUGGAGAGAGAGGCAGAGGAAUCCAAGCUGCCUGUCAGGAGAAGACACAGCAAUGAUGUAGAUCGUCCCAACUUGUCUGGAGGUGAAGGAGAGGCUCCCCUUGCAGAUACCCAAGCGCCUCCCAGCCCCCCUGAGCUGAGGAUGGUGCUGCUUGGGAAGACUGGGGCUGGGAAGAGUGCAGCAGGAAACACCAUCCUGGGCAGAGAGGAGUUCAGAUCAGUGAUCAGCGGGUCCUCAGUAACCAGGGUGUGUGAGAAGAGAAGAGGAGAGGUGGCUGGGAGGCAGCUCACUGUCAUCGACGCACCAGACCUGCUUCAUAUCACUGGGUGUCUGAAGGAGAUUUGCCACGAGAUUAGAAGAUGCAUCUUGCUGUCUUCACCUGGACCCCACGCUUUCCUCCUGGUGCUACAAGCCAGGAGAUUCACUGAUGAAGAAAAGACAGUUCUGCAAGCAAUGAAAGACAUCUUCAGUGAGACAGCCCUGGCCUACACAAUGGUCCUCUUCACUCAUGGAGACUAUCUGGAGGAACAGUCCAUUGAAGAUUACAUUGAGACACAGUGCAGGGAGCUCCAGCAGCUUGUUGAGAAAUGUGGGAACAGGUAUCAUGUUCUCAACAAUAAGAACAGGAGCGAUCGCACUCAGGUCACACAGCUCCUGGAUAAGAUAGACAACAUGGUGAAGAGAAACAGAGGCAGCUUCCUGUACCAGGAGGCAGAAGAAAGGCUGACACAAAGGGAACAGAGAUAUGAAGAACAGUGUAGGAAGGAAGAGGAGCUAAAGCACAAAUAUGAAGACGAACAUCUUAGGAAAGUAGAGGAGUUAAAACAGAGAUAUGAGGAGGAAAAGCAUCAGAAGGAAAAAGAGCUGAAACAGAAGUAUGAAGAGGAGCAGAGAGAGAAAGUAGAGGAACUGAAACAGAAGUAUGAAGAAGAACAGAGUCAGAAAGUCCAGGAGCUGAAACAGAAAUAUGAGGAGGAACAGAGCAGGAAAGUGGAGGAGCUGAAGAAGGAGUAUGAAGAGGGGCUGCUGAGGAAAGAGGAGGAGCUGAACCAGAAGUAUAAAGAACAGGAGAGGAAAGCAGAGGAGAUGAAACAGAAACUUGAGGAGGAAAGACUUGGGAAAGCAGAGGAGGUGAAACAGAGAUAUGAGGCUCAGCGAGUGAAAGCAGAGCAGCGAAAGCAGCAAUACGAGGAGGAGCAGCGCAGGAAUGCACAGGAGAUCAAGCAGAUGUAUGAAGAACAGUGUGGGAAAAUAACAGAGCAACUACAGAAAUACGCAGAACAACUUCCUAGAGAGUUACAGGAGCUAAAGAAGAAGCUGGAUGAAGAACAGCACAGCAAAGGAGACGAACUGAAGCAGAAAUAUGAAAAGACAGUUUGCAGGGAAAUAGAGGAGCUGCCGUUUAAGAAAGAAGAGCCAGAGCAGAACCAUGAGGAGAAGAUAAAGGAAAUAAAGCAGAGGUAUGAAGAGAAACUGCACAGGAAAAUAGAGGAGCUAAAGAGGGAGUAUGAACAACUAUACCUUAGGAAGGAAGAGGAGCUGAAACAGAAGCAUCAGGAGGAGCUGCUGAGGAAAGAACAGGAGCUGAAGCAGCAGUAUGAGGAGGAGUACAGUGAGAAGGAGCAGCAGCUGAAGCAGAGGUAUGAAGAAAAGUGCAGAGGAGUGGAGGAGAUGAAGCAGAGACUUGAAGAGGAACAGCAGAGAAAGCUAGAAGAGGUGAUACAGAAUUAUGAGAAACAGUGUCAGGGAGUGGAGGAGAUGAAGCAGAGAUAUAAAGAGGAACAUCAGAGAGAGGUGGAGAAGCUAAAACAGAAACAUGAAGAGAAACUGAGCAGGAGAGAGGAGGAGAUGAAACAGACAUAUGAGGAGGAACAGUGUAGGAGAGAAGAGGAGAUGAAACAGCAAUAUAAGGAGGAACAGUGUAGAAUCACAGAGGAGAUGAAACAGAAAUAUGAGGAGGAACAGUGUAGGAGAGAAGAGGAGAUGAAACAGCAACAUAAGGAGGAACAGUGUAGAAUCACAGAGGAGAUGAAACAGAAAUAUGAGGAGGAUCAGAGAAGGAGAGAAGAGGAGAUGAAACAGACAUAUGAGGAGGAACAGAGGAGGAGAGAAGAGAUGAAACAGAAAUAUGAGGAGGAACAGAGGAGGAGAGAAGAGGAGAUGAAGGAGAAGUUGAGGAAGCAAAUGAAGGAAGAGGAGCUGGAGAAAGAGCCAGAGGAAUCCAAGCUGCCUGUCAGGAGAAGGGACAGCUUUGAGAUGCUCCCACUCAACAUGUCUGGAGGUGAAGGAGAGGCUCCCACUGCAGAUAACCGAGCAGUAUUACUGGGAGCAGCGGCAGGGGCACUGCUAGGGGCAGCAGCAGGAGCUCUGAUGGGUCCAUUGGGAGCUGCAGCAGGAGCUGCUAUUGGAUCUGUAGCAGGAGCCCAAGUAGGAGCUCUGAUAGGAGGAGCAGCCAGGUCAGGAUUAGCAGAGAGCUCAGACACACACACACAGAGAAGCAGAGAGCUCAAAGCUGUGGUUUGUCCCGCGGUCACGUCCCAGCGACACGCCCCCUGCUUCCUUGCCAGAUUCCCAGAUUCCCAGAUCUUUGGAAAAGCGUCGUCGAAGCACCGCUGUAGAGAGAUGGCAGCUGCGGGUUUUGAACCCGGUGCCGGGCGGGGAAUCAUGGCUGCAGAACAAGAGGCUGAAGAAACUGUUUCUCAAGAGCUGCACAGCGCAUCUGAGCUGAGGAUCGUGCUGCUUGGGAGAGGCAAGACUGGGAAGAGUUCAUCAGGAAACACCAUCCUGGGCAGAGAGGAGUUUAGAUUUGGAUUCAUCACCUCUGAAGUAACAAAGGAGUGUGAGAAGAGAACAGGAGACGUGUCUGGGAGACGAGUCACUGUGGUCGACACUCCAGCCAUCUCAUACACAGACCGGGUUGAGAUUGAGAGAUGUGUUUCUCUGUCUGCCCCGGGACCCCACGCUUUCCUCCUGGUGAUACCCGUCUAUCCAAAAGAAAUGAUUGACACGCACCAUGAGUUUAUAGUAGAACGGUAUUGCAAAGCCUUUGAUAAAGUGCAGGAGCUGUUUGGUGAGAGAGCUGUGAGGAACACGAUGAUCCUUUUCACCUGCGGGGAUGAUCUGGAAGGCAGGACGAUUGAGCAGCACAUUGAGGAAGCUGGUGAGGAGCUCCAGCAACGUUUUGAGAAAUGUGGGAACAGGUAUCAUGUUGUCAACAAUAAGAACAGGAGCGAUCGCACUCAGGUCACACAGCUCCUGGACAAGAUAGACAACAUGGUGAAGGGAAGUGGAGGCAGCUACCUCCAAAUAUCAUCUGAGAUUUACCAGGAGGUAGAAGAAAGGAUUAGACAAAAGGAACAGGAACUGAAUGAGAAACACAAAGAGGAACUGAGGAGGAGAGAAGAGGAGGUGAAACAGAAAUAUGAGGAACAACAGAGGAGGAGAGAACAGGAGAUGAAACAGAAAUAUGAGGAGGAACAGAGGAGGAGAGAAGAGGAGAUGAAACAGAAAUAUGAGGAGGAACAGAGGAGGAGAGAAGAGGAGCUGAUGGAGAAGUUGAGGAAGCAAAUGAAGGAGGAGGAGCUGGAGAAAGAGGGAGAGGAAUCCAAGCUGCCUGUCAGGAGAAGACACAGCAUUGAAGGAGAUCGUCCCAAGUUGUCUGGAGGUGAAGGAGAGGCUGCCCUUGCAGAUACCCAAGCGCCUCCCUGCCCCCCUGAGCUGAGGAUGGUGCUGCUUGGGAAGACUGGGGCUGGGAAGAGUGCAGCAGGAAACACCAUCCUGGGCAGAGAGGAGUUCAGAUCUGAAGCCAGCUCCUCUGCAGUAACGAGGGAGUGUGAGAAGAGAAAAGGACAAGUGGCUGGGAGACGUGUUGCUGUGAUCGACACUCCAGAGCUCUCUCAGGACAAACUCCAGAUUAGGAGCUGUGUUUCUCUGUCUGCCCCGGGACCCCACGCUUUCCUCCUGGUGAUACCGGUGGGCCGAUUCACAGAGGAUGAGAGGAGAGCAGUGGAGACAGUCCAGGAGAUAUUCAGUGAGGAGGCUGUGAGGAGGUACAUGAUGCUCCUUUUCACACACAGUGACAAACUGAAAGGACGGAGCAUUAAGAAGUACAUUAAGACAGAGAACAGGGACCUCCAGCAGCUUGUUGAGAAAUGUGGGAACAGGUAUCAUGUUCUCAACAAUAAGAACAGGAGAGAUCGCACUCAGGUCACACAGCUCCUGGACAAGAUAGACAACAUGGUGAAGGGAAACAACGGCAGCUACUACACCAGUGAGAUGUACCAGCAAGCAGAAGAAAGGGCCAGAGAUGUGAGGAUAGGGAAGAAGAGAGAUGAGCAGAUUGACAGAGUGGGGUAUGAAAAGAGCAAACUGCUAAAGGAGAGGCCAGGAGAGCUGGACCUACAACUGGAGCUGAGGAGAGAGAGGGAGAGAUCCAGAGUGCUGGAGCGGGAGGGGGAGCAAGAGGUGAAGAAAGAGAGGGAGAAAAGAAGAGAGCUGGAGGAGAGAGCAAGGGGGGAGCAGAGGAGAGAGGGGGGGGCGAGAGCAAGGAGGGAGCAGAAGGGAAAGUUUAACUUGCAGAAGUACAAUGAAAAGCCAACUUGGAGUGAAUAUCUAAGGCCAUCAGUAGUAAUUGGAGGAUCAGUAGGGGCAGUAGUAGGGGCAGUAGCUGGGGCUGUAUGGGGGCCAAUAGGAGCUGCAGCAGGAGUGGUUAUAGGAGCUAUGGUAGGAGUAGCACUAGUAGAAACAUUAGGAACAGUGACAGGAGGUGAGGUAGGAGCACAGGCAGUAAAAGAGAUGCACAAAACACAGUUGUGUGUGAUCAGCCCCUUCAUUAAAGCAGAGGGCGCUCUGAUCUGCGUAUUGAAACCCACAAACAUCCUGUCACUGAGUGCUUGUCAUAGUCUUCCUGUAAACAGUGUCGCAGCAUCUUUAACUGGAGAAAGACGCAAACAUUACCGUUAUUGUAUAGAGAUGGCUACUGCAGGGUUAGACCCGGACGCUGGGCGGGGAAUCAUGGCUGCGGAACAAGAGGCUGAAGAAACUGUUUCUCAAGAGCUGCACAGCGCCUCUGAGCUGAGGAUCGUGCUGCUUGGGGGAAGCAGGGCUGGAAAGACUUCAUCUGGAAACACCAUCCUGGGCAGAGAGGAGGGUAGAUCUGGAUUGAGCUUCUCUGCUGUAACGAGGGAGUGUGUGAAGAGAACAGGAGAAGUGUCUGGGAGACGGGUCACUGUGGUCGACACUCCAGACUUGUUACACACAGACCGGGUUGAGAUUGAGAGAUGUGUUUCUCUGUCUGCCCCGGGACCCCACGCUUUCCUCCUGGUGAUGCAGGUGUAUCCAAAAAAAAUGCUUGACUCUAUUAAUUUAAUAGUAGAACAGGAUUGCAAAGCCCUUGAAAAAGUCCAGGAGCUGUUUGGUGAGAGAGCUGUGAGGAACACGAUGAUCCUUUUCACCUGCGGGGAUCAUCUGGAAGGCAGGACGAUUGAGCAGCGCAUUGAGGAAGCUGGUGAGGAGCUCCAGCAGCUUGUUGAGAAAUGUGGGAACAGGUAUCAUGUUCUCAACAAUGAGGACAGGAGCGAUCGCACUCAGGUCACACAGCUCCUGGACAAGAUAGACAACAUGGUGAAGGGAAGUGGAGGCUGCUACCUCCCAAUAUCAUCUGAGAUUUACCAGGAGGUAGAAGAAAGGAUUAGACUAAAGGAACAGGAGCUGAAUGAGAAACACAAAGAGGAACUGAGCAGGAAAGAACAGGAGAUGAAACAGAAAUAUGAGGAGGAACAGAAGAGGAGAGAAGAGGAGAUGAAAAAGAAAUAUGAGGAGGAAAAGAGGAGGAGAGAAGAGGAGAUGAAACAGAAAUAUGAGGAGGAACAGAGGAGGAGAGAAGAGAUGAAACAGAAAUAUGAAGAGGAACAGAGGAGGAGAGAAGAGGAGAUGAAACAGAAAUAUGAGGAUGAACAGAGGAGGAGAGAAGAGGAGAUGAAACAGAAAUAUGAGGAGGAACAGAGGAGGAGAGAAGAGGAGCUGAUGGAGAAGUUGAGGAAGCAAAUGAAGGAGGAGGAGCUAGAGAAAGAGGCAGUCGAAUCCAAGCUGCCUGUCAGGAGAAGGAACAGCAUUGAAGGACAUCGUCCCAACUUGUCUGGAGGUGAAGGAGAGGCUCCCCUUGCAGAUACCCAAGCGCCUCCCAGCCCCCCUGAGCUGAGGAUGGUGCUGCUUGGGAAGACUGGGGCUGGGAAGAGUGCAGCAGGAAACACCAUCCUGGGCAGAGAGGAGUUCAGAUCUGAAGCCAGCUCCUCUGCAGUAACGAGGGAGUGUGAGAAGAGAAAAGGACAAGUGGCUGGGAGACGUGUUGCUGUGAUCGACACUCCAGAGCUCUCUCAGGACAAACUCCAGAUUAGGAGCUGUGUUUCUCUGUCUGCCCCGGGACCCCACGCUUUCCUCCUGGUGAUACCGGUGGGCCGAUUCACAGAGGAAGAGAGGAGAGCAGUGGAGACAGUCCAGGAGAUAUUCAGUGAGGAGGCUGUGAGGAGGCACAUGAUGCUCCUUUUCACACACAGUGACAAACUGCAAGGCAAGACCAUUGAGGAUUAUAUUCAGACAGGCAGCAAGGAGCUCCAGCAGCUUGUUGAGAAAUGUGGGAACAGGUAUCAUGUUCUCAACACUGAGGACAGGAGCGAUCGCACUCAGGUCACACAGCUCCUGGACAAGAUAGACAACAUGGUGAAGGGAAACAACGGCAGCUACUACACCAGUGAGAUGUACCAGCAAGCAGAAGCAAAGAUCAGACAAAGACAAGAGGAGAUACUGAAGGAGAAGGAAGAGCCGAUAUUGAGGGAGGAAGAGGAAUUGAGGGCAAAGCACCAGAAAGAACUGGAGAACACGAAAAGGAAGAUGAGAUUGGAAAUCCAGAAACGAGAUGAGAAGAUCAGAGAGCUAGAGGAGAGGAUAGGAGAGCUGGAGGAAGAGCUGAGGAAAGAACAGGAAGAGAAUCACAGGAUCAAACUGGAGGAAGAGCUGAGGAGAAAGAGAGAGGAGAGAGAAAGGGCGGAGCGAGAGAAGGAGGAGUGCAUGGAGAAGGGGGAGAGAGAGAGGGGAGAGUACGAGGAGAAACACAGAAGAGAGAUAGAGGCAGUCAGGCAACGCUACCAGGAAAUCCUUAGACGAGAAGCAGAGAGAGCCAAUGAGUUUAUAAGUAGAUAUGAAAAGCCAGCUGAAGCGAGAGGAGAAAGGGCAGCACUAGGGGCAGUGAUGAGUGCAGUAGUAGGAGCACUGAGAGAAGGGGCUGAGGUAGGGGCAGUAUUACACACAGUAUCCAGAGCAAUAAGACAAGAGACAGCACUAGGGGCAGUAAUGCACACUGUAAAGGAAGCAGUAAGAGAAGGAGCAGCUCAAAGGGCAGUGAUCAGUGCAGUAGCAACAGCACUGAGAGAAGGGGCUGCGAUCGGGACAGUAUUGCACACAGUAGCAGAAGCAAUAGAGGCAGCACCACAGGAACCCAGUCAAGAGCAGGAGCAGAAGAAGGGAGAGAUGGCGGCCGCCGGUUCAGACCCUGGGUGGGGAAUCAUGGCUGCAGAACAAGAGUCUGAAGAAACUGUUUCUCAAGAGCUGCACAGCCCCUCUAAGCUGAGGAUCGUGCUGCUUGGGGGAAGCUCGUAUGGUAAGGCUGGGAAGAGUGAAGCAGGAAACAUCAUCCUGUGCAGAAAGGUGUUCCGUUCUGGACCCAACCUCUCUACAGGAACACAGGAGUGUGAGAACAGAACAAGAGAAGUGUCUGGGAGACGGGUCACUGUGGUCGACACUCCACACUUGUUAAAAACAGACCGGGUCGAGAUUGAGAGAUGUCUUUCUCUGUCUGCUCCGGGACCCCACGCUUUCCUCCUGGUGAUACCUGUGUAUCCAAAAGAAUUUAUUAACGGUCACACUGCAGUGUGGGAGUUUAUAGUACAACAUGAUUGCAAAGCCUUGCAUAAAGUCCAAGAGCUGUUUGGUGAGAGAGCUGUGAGGAACACGAUGAUCCUUUUCACCCGCGGGGAUCAUCUGGAAGGCAGGAUGAUUGAGCAGUACAUUGAGGAAGCUGGUGAGGAGCUCCAGCAGCUUGUUGAGAAAUGUGGGAACAGGUAUCAUGUUCUCAACAAUGAGGACAGGAGCGAUCACACUCAGGUCACACAGCUCCUGGACAAGAUAGACAACAUGGUGAAGGGAAGUGGAGACUUCUACCUUCCAAAUUAUAUUUACCAGGAGGUACAAAAAAGGAUUAGACUAAAGGAACAGGAGCUCAAUAAAAAACACAAAGAGGAACUGAGCAGGUCAGUAGAGGAGAUGAAACAGAAAUAUGAGGAGGAACAGAGGAGGAGAGAAGAGGAGAUGAAACAGAAAUAUGAGGAGGAACAGAGGAGGAGAGAAGAGGAGAUGAAACAGAAAUAUGAGGAGGAACAGAGGAGGAGAGAAGAGAAGCUGAUGGAGAACUUCAGGAAGAAAGAAGAGGAGCUAAAGCACAAAUAUGAAAAGGAACAUCUUAGGAAAGUAGAGGAGUUAAAACAGAAAUAUGAGGAGGAAAAGCAUCAGAAGGAAAAAGAGCUGAAACAGAAGUAUGAAGAGGAGCAGAGCAGGAAAGUGGAGGAGCUGAAGAAAGAGUAUGAAGAGGGGCUGCUGAGGAAAGAGGAGGAGCUGAACCAGAAGUACAAAGAACAGGAGAGGAAAGCAGAGGAGAUGAAACAGAAACUUGAGGAGGAAAGACUUGGGAAAGCAGAGGAGGUGAAACAGAGAUACGAAGCUCAGCGAGUGAAAGCAGAGCAGCAAAAGCAGCAAUACGAAGAGGAGCAGCGCAGGAAUGCACAGGAGAUAAAACACAAGUACGAAACCCAGUGUACAAAUAUACAGAAGCAAAUACAGAAAUACGCAGAAGAACAAAUUAGGAAAGUAGAAGAAUUGAAGAAGACGUUUGCAGAGGAACUGUGGAGCAAAGCAGAGGAACUAAAGCAGAAAUAUGAAGAGGAAGAGCGCAGGGAGAUCGAGGAGCUGAAACAGAAAUACAGAGAGAGGGAAGGAAGACCACUGCAGAAGCAUGAGGAGGAACACAGCGAGGAAAUCAAGGAGAUAAAGCACAGGUAUAACAACAAGCUGCACAGAGAGAUAGAGAAGCAGAAGAAGGAGUAUGAAGAAAGAGAGCGUCGGGAAGUGGAGACGUUGAAGCAGAAGCAUCAGGAGGAGCUGCUGAGGAAAGAACAGGAGCUGAAGCAGCAAUAUGAGGAGGAAUACAGUGAGAAUGAGCAGCAGCUGAAGCAGAGGUAUGAAGAACAGUGCAGAGGAGUGGAGGAGAUGAAGCAUAGACUUGAAGAGGAACAGCAGAGAAAGCUAGAAGAGGUGAUACAGAAUUAUGAGAAACAGCAUCAGGGAUUGGAGGAGAUGAAGCAGAGAUAUAAAGAGGAACAACAAAGAGAGGUGGAGGAGCUGAAACACAAACAUGAAGAGGAACAGAGCAGGAGAGAAGAGGAGAUGAAACAGAAAUAUGAGGAGGAACAGAGGAGGAGAGAAAAGGAGAUGAAACAGAAAUAUGAGGAGGAACAGUGUAGGAGAGAAGAGGAGAUGAAACAGAAAUAUGAGGAGGAACAGAGGAGGAGAGAAGAGGAGAUGAAACAGAAAUAUGAGGAGGAACAGAGAAGGAGAGAAGAGGAGCUGAUGGAGAAGUUGAAUCAAAUGAAGGAAGAGGAGCUGGAGAAAGAGGAAUCCAAGCUGCUUGUCAGGGGAAGACACAGUAAAGAAUUCUUACCCCCCAAGAUCUGCACACUGAAUGCACAACAGUGUAUGCUGUGUGAGGUGGAAAUGGACCUGUCUUGUUCUUUUGCAGUGUCUGAAAGCAAGGUGGAGAAUGAAUCAGAGGAAUCCAAGCUGCCUGUCAGGAGAAGAAAAAGCAAGGAGUUCAACCCCCCCGACAGGCGGGGAAUCAUGGCUGCAGAACAAGAGGCUGAAGAAACUGUUUCUCAAGAGCUGCACAGCCCCUCUGAGCUGAGGAUCGUGCUGCUUGGGAGACGCUGGGCUGGGAAGAGUGCAGCAGGAAACACCAUCCUGGGCAGAGAGGAGUUCAGAUCUGAAUUCAGCUUCUUUGCAGUAACGAGGGAGUGUGUGAAGAGAACAGGAGAAGUGUUUGGGAGACGGGUCACUGUGGCCGACACUCCAGACUUGUUAGACACAGACCGGGUCGAGAUUGAGAGAUGUGUUUCUCUGUCUGCCCCAGGACCCCACGCUUUCCUCCUGGUGAUACCCAUGUAUCUAACAGGAAUGAAAGACACUCUCAGUGGAUCGUGGGUUUGCAAACCCUUGGAUAAAGUGCAGGAGCUGUUUGGUGAGAGAGCUGUGAGGAACACGAUGAUCCUUUUCACCUACAGGGAUCGUCUGAGAGGCAGGACAAUUGAGCAGCACAUUGAGGAAGCUGGUGAGGAGCUCCAGCAGCUUGUUGAGAAAUGUGGGAACAGGUAUCAUGUUUUCAACAAUGAGGACAGGAGCGAUCGCACUCAGGUCACACAGAUCCUGGACAAGAUAGACAACAUGGUGAAGGGAAGUGGAGGCUGCUACACCAUGGAGAUGUACUCGGAUACAAAAGGCAGAGAAUUGAUUAAUAGGGAAUAAGGGAGAUGAGCAGAUUGACAGGGUGGGGUAUGAAAAGAGCAAACUGCUAAAGGAGAGGCCAGGAGAGCUGGAGCUACAACUGGAGCUGAGGAGAGAGAGGGAGAGAUCCAGAGUGCAGGAGAGGGAGCUGAAGAGA